GUGUCCCGGGGCCUCCUUUGUGACCUCGGUGCAGAGCCAGAGUCAGGGUGCAGGAUGCAGUGGUGGCUGCUGCUGCUCGCCCUGCUGCUGGGGGGUGCCAUCCCGCGGCCCUUGGAUGAGAGGGCCAGCUACUCAGUCCCCGAGGACUUCUCUGCUCUCCUGGAGCUUCCACAGCAGCACUUUGGCUUGGUGGAUGAUUACGGCAUCAAGCCCAAGCAGCCGCGUCUCAGGACCCGGGUGGGACGGAAGCGGCCGGAGUGGCUGCAAAGAGCUGGCAAAAGCAAGAGAGAUGAGCUCGACCUGCAGGAGUACUAUGAUGAUGCCCAUAUGUGAACCAGUGUGCCCACCACAGCCUGGCCCCAGGGACCCCUCGCUGCAGGACAGCGUAGGUGUAGGGUAAGGGUAAACCCUGCUUUGGGAGGGGACUGGAGCAGGUCACCUCCAGCCAUCCCUUCUGAUCAUCACACAAUGAUUUCUGGACUUCAGGCAACUAGGGCUCUCAGCCCAAAUCUGAGAAGCUCUAUAGCUAGCUCCUCUUGAGGUCCCAGGAGAAGGAAGCCAGGACCCAAACCUACUGCAGUGGGACACAAACAGCACAGCAGCCCUGCUCCAUGAACCAUCAUAUUUAAUAGUUGUUGCCAUCACAGCAGAUCCAGCUGAAGCACAGAGCUCUCUGGCUGCAGGGACCGGGAGAGCUCUUCUACCUCCCCAGUGCUUUGCUCAGCUCCCUACAGGCUGUAGCCCUUCCCUGCCCCGUGUCUGGUAGGCACCCAGCUCUGCCACUGCCUCUGCUACCUGCAGCCAGGGGGAGAGGAGAAAGGGGCAGAGAAAGUCUCCCCUCCUGAGAGUGUAGUUACUGCAGGGAGCUAUAGAGGGGCAUUUCUGUCUCUCCCCCUGGGCAUGGAUACAAGAAGGGAGGGAUGGGGGCAGAGGCAGGGGUAAGCUGUCUCAGCUCAUUCUGGUGCUGUUUCUGGCAGAGGGGAUAGUGGGGCUUCCUCUGUCAUUCCUGCCCAGCAGCCUUUAUAUCCCCAGGGCAUGGCAGGGAGGUGAUGCCUGCCCAAGGCAAGCCCAUCCCCCUGGCAGAAGCCAGCGUUAUGGGUUUUGUUUGCUGUAGCUGCUGUGUCUUCAUAUUGCAGGAAUCUGACUCUGCAUUAAAAGUCACCCCAGAGGGAUGUGACGGGAAGCUGGGCCAUGGUCACAAGGAGGAGAUGCUGUCACCCCAGCCUGCAGCAGGAAAGGGCCUGAGCAAGCUCCGGCGCUCACAGGCAGGGCCCCCAGCAGGUACUUCUCCAAUAAAAUAAACUAAGAGUAUUUUGUACAAUAAA